AUGUCAACCAUGGACAAAAUGUCAGAUCUCUGUCCCAAGUGUUUUGGCCCUCCAGUCCCCGGAAAAAAACCUGAGGAACCGGAUUAUAUAGUAUGCAUGGACGGAAACAUUCAACAUAGACGACAUAAGGCCUCUAGCAAUGAGGUCAUUGCUCUCAAGACACCUAGUCUUUUUGUUGAACAAGAAGAUGUUCAGGCCAUGCCGAUCUCCGUGAACAAUACUAGAAUUGGUGAUGCCAAAGCUCAAGAGUCAUUAGACCACUGUACCAAUCAACAUACGGCAGCUGAUGAUCUGCAAGGUAGCCACACUCGGAAGGCCUGUGACAAUACUGGGAUUUUUGGUAUGGCCUGCCGACAUGACCAAAUCUUGAGGCUGAUCAACAUUGAGAGGAGUGGAGAGAGUUACCAUUGUAAUAUCCUUCAGGGCCUACUUCCCUAUGACCAUGGCUAA